AAUAUCGCGAAGAAGAUUCUUGACAAGUAUGACUGCGAUCAUUUAACAAAGCUCUGUGCUGAAGUCAAACAGGAGUGUCAAUUAUGUAUUCAGGCUACAAAAUACUCAUUUGGCUUUAACAAGUUUCUUGAGUCUUCUGUGACUGCACGGCUUCAUUUCCAUUUAAAUGAAGUCUAUGAUCUGUUAGAUGGCACUGACUUCAUUGACCAUCUGAGUGAAAUUUACUCUUUUGCUGGAAAUUUCGAUUUUCGUGAUGUGCGCGCCAAUGGAUUUCGAAGUUUUCUCGCCAUCGUAUCCAUUUGUCUUGUGAAGAUUCUUUCUCAUCUUCGCAAUCUCGACCGGCGUUCCUUUUCUGUUUGGCCAAGGUCUACAGAGCAGGCCCUCAUUGCCUAUUUGCGGUGUCUUGAAGAACUAGCUCACUGUAUUCUCUUAAUACGUGAAUUCCCCAAAUUUUCAGCGACACCUACCACUCUUUUUCCUCAUCUUAAAUAUGCAAACUUGCCGCUUGCUCCUUUGGGUCUUUACGAUAAUCUUGGCCCUCACGUGCACUUCGGAAGUUCUGUACAGGAAGUUUCCACAUCUGAAUCGUCCUCGUCUCCUCACCCUUCUGUCUCAAGGUAUAAUGAACUCAUGGAUUACUUCGAUUUAAUCCAGCAGGAUGCUUUCUAUGGCCGCGCAAUUGCAUUUUAUUUGGAUUCCUCUGCCCAACAUUUCUUUAACAUGCUUGCUAGCAUUAUGGCAGGAUUCGCGGAUAGCUAUCAGUGCGCAAUGGCGGGAAUAUCGGGUUUCGUGAACACAGUUUACCGCAGCGUCACAUCUUUUCUAUCUCCGGAGCUGCGUGGUGUCCGAAUUGCUGAGAUAACUCGCUCAGCAACUGUAAACUUUUGCAAAAAAUUUUGGAGUCUCGCAGAAAAUCGUCUUCUUAUUGAGGUUCCUAACCUUCUGCUUCCUCAAAUGGCGAUUUCUCAUUCUUUUUGUUUGCCAAACAUUCCUGUUACCCUUCAAGUAGACUCAGGUGAAAACGGACCCUCAACAGUGACAAUUUGUCCACCUGAUGGAGAUUCAGGAGUUUCUGCCCGCCUUAUUAGCAAAGUUCGUCGUCGAGGUAUGGAGUGGGUCCUUCGCCAAGGACAUGAGAGUCCGAAGACACCUGCGGCCUUGAGAAAAACCUCCCUGAUUUCAAAACAAUUCGAUGCCCCACACCUUGAGACCGACCCUUCGCCCUAUCUCGUCGUGCAUAUUCAUGGUGGCGGAUUCAUUGCAAUGUCAUCGGAAUCGCAUGACGUGUACAUUCGUCCAUGGGCAGAGAAGUUGGAUUGUCCCAUCCUCUCUUUGAACUACUCCCUCGCCCCCGAGGCCCCCUAUCCACGCGCGCUGGACGAGUGUUUCUACGCGGUGUGUUGGGUGAUGGCGAAUCGGGAGCGCCUGGGUGCCCGACCCGACGCGCGUGUGGUCGUUUGUGGCGACUCGGCCGGUGGCAACCUCAGUCUUGGCGUUUGUUUGCGCGCUGCGUCUCUGCGACUGAAGCCAGUAGAGUCUAUGCCUGCUGGAGCCAUGAUUGCCUAUGCCCCAACGCUUGUAGCCUACGUGCCUUCUCCCUCGCGAAUGCUCUCGAUCAGUGAUCCUCUUUUGCCCAUCGGUAUUGUUUCGCGAUGCAUAUUGGCUUACGGAGGCGUUGAUGAGGCUGAGUAUUUGGCUUCCUUUGAACUUCCGUCAUCUUCGAUUGACCAAAAUCAACAGGGACAAUCAGCAUCGCCAAUAGUUCGAUCAGCGUCGUCGCGGUUGUGGUCACGUCUAUGGUCCUCGUGGUUUCCACCUGCCUCGCUCAUUUCCCCUGUCCCCACCCCUCCGCUUGACCGGCUGCGCGCUAUCACCCGGCGGGUCACGGCCCCGGCUGAUCUUUACAAAUUCAAGGACAAGUCAAGCAGAGUGGGAAGUAGACGCGAGAUUCGGAGACCAUCUUCUGACGCAGCUUCGUCUAUUGACAGCCAGUCCUCGUCAGACCUUUCCCUGUCCCCUUUGGACGCCUCGGAUGAUGAGGAUUGUGUGAAUUUUGACAAGCAGGCGACAGGUAGUCUUCGACCAUCUAAUGAAUCUCAAGCAUCAACAAAGCCGCCCCACAGCGAUGGAAUGAGAACCGACGAAAGGCGGAAACUCCCUCGUGGUAUUGACACUAAAUUGCAUCGGAUCCGACAAUGUCCCAUUCCGCAGGACGGCUUCCUGUCCCCCUACCUCGCUUCAGAUGAACUCAUGAGCCGUUUGCCACCACUCGCUAUCAUGGCCUGCCAGUUCGACCCAUUCCUUGAUGAUUGUCUGGAAUUGGCGAAACGCGCGGAUAGCCUGGGAGUUGCGGUCGAGCUCGUAGUUGCCAAUGAGAUGCCUCACGCCUUCCUAAAUUUCGCCUUCAUAAAUCCCGUCUACCGUCGGGCGACCAUGCUCUGCAGCGACAUGAUUGCGCGCCUUUUUCGUGGUGAAGUGAAUCCCGGAGGCAAACAGACACCUCCCUUUAAUGCUCCUCCCUCCACCUCACCAGAAUGUCCUCCCGCCAGUCAUCAGGAGCAUUGUUAG